UAUCCAUAAAAAAGAAUAUUAAUUCUCAUAUGUAAUUUUGUGAAUUAACCGGAUAAAUAAACGGCAUCAUUGUGGAUUACCAACAGCAUAUCGAUUACCGAAAUUUUAUUUCGCAGAAGAACGGACACCUAAAAAUGGCAACAGCCACAAAAGGUAAACGUCCGUUACGUCAUCUAUCAGCCUGCGAUAAGAUAAUGGCCAUCCAAAGAAUUCAUGAUGGCGAAUCAAAGGCAUCAGUUGCACGUGAUAUAGGCGUACCGGAAUCAACACUUCGCGGAUGGUGUAAGAACGAAGAGAAGCUCCGUUGUAUGUCAAGACAAUCGCUUGAGAAUGCCGAUAAGUUGAAUCAAUCGCCAAACUUAUCUGCUAUGUCGGAACUGUUUAAUGGACCCGAUUCAAAGCGUAUGAAACUCGAUCCUGCAUCGCUUUUUGACACAAAUGGUAAAUUAAAGUAUGAUGACUAUGCAUCACAUUUUAAAAAUGGACGAUCAUUGGGACUAGAUUUAUCGGGUGGCAAUGACAAGCGUUUAUCAUUAGAUCAUAAUGAUAUGAACAUGAGUGGAUUUCAAGCACCCGAUUUUAGUGCAUUCGCAAAACAAUCAGCUGAAUUAAGUAAAUCAAUGUCAAAGGCAUCAAAAGGCUAUGGUGCUGAUCUAAGUAAACAAAAUGAUCCAACCAAAGCUGACUUAUCAAUGGCUGCCAUAUCACCACUUACUAGUUUAUCACAUUUAUCAGGCAUGUCGGCACUCGGACAAAGUCCAUUAGCAUUAAGUUUCAAUGAUAUUGCAUCAAAUUUAAAUCUAUUGGCACAACUAAAUCCAUCAUUGGCUGCAAUGUCAGGUUUAACAGGACUGCCGGGUAUGAAUGGCUCACCAUCGUCAUCGCGUGGACAACGUAAUGUUAAAUCAACAAGUCCCAUACCAUCGCCACGUUCGACAAUGAGCGGUGCUGAUAAUGAUAAGCCAUCACUUACAGUCAAAAAUUUGGCAAAAUUACAACAAAAGACAUCAUCAAAUGACAUCAUGAGGGGACAAAUGUUAGAUAAAUACAAGAAAUCACUUCCUGAAAUGGCACCAAAUAAUGGUAUGAGUAGUGAUGAUGCAUUAUGGUAUUGGCUAAAGUCACAACAAGCUAUGAUGGGAUUAAAUUCACUCUAUAAUCAAACACAAUUACCGCCACGUUCAUCUAGUCCAAAAACAUCAUCUCCAAUGCCGCAUCAUCCAAUUGGAACACCAACACAUGAGAUAAGCUCACCAGCACCUCCACCACAAGCAUCACCAUCACUAGAAACAGCAGAUGAGAAUAUGAAGAAUGCACAAGGCGGUUCUGCAUGGUUUUGGCAAUGGUAUAAGACAUUUGGUGCUUCAUUAAUGGGUGAUAAGAAUAAAAUGACACCAAGUGGAAGCAAAGAGGCAUAUGAGAAUAUUCUCUAUUCUCAAUUGACAAAAGGAUCGAAUUCAGCAUCGCCUGGUCCAAAUGGUAAUAUCAAUAACAAUACGAUCAAUAAUAAUUUUAAUAUACAAACGAAUGCUGAGAGUGAGAGUGACACACCAAAGCCCGAGGAUUUAUCAAAUCAUCAAGAUGUCAAUGGACAUCAUUUCCAUGAUGAUGAUAGUAUUAAUAAUAUUUCACCGAUACCGGGCGAUGAACAUCAUCAAAAGUUAGCGGCUGACGAUGAUGAUCAUCAUGAUCUUGAUAUUGUAAAGGCAAAGAGUCAACUUGACGAUGCAUUAAUGCAACAAUCACCAGACAAUUGCAAAAUGAGUGGCGAUGAGGCAUCAUGUGAUGUAAAUAAUGACAGUAAUAACAACAAUAAGAAUGGCGGUGAUGAUGACAUAAAGUCACCAACUGAGGCAUUGGAAUAUGGUGAGAAGUUCCUCAAGUACCUGGAAUCUUACAGUGAUCCAUCACUAACUGCAAUGCAAGUCAUGCAAUUCCGAUAUUUACUCAAUAGCAUAAAGGCUAGCGUAGAACGUGCACAAAAUAAUGUCAGUGGCUCAUCAUCCGGUGCAUCGUCAUCGGCUGAAUGUGAAAAGUUUCGUCAUCGACGUAGGAAAUAGGGAAAACCGUUGAGAAUGAAUAGUUGUAUUAAAAUGGUACACGAUGAAUUGGAGGACUUUGCCACGCCAUAUACAAUCGUGUAUCCAUAUGAUAAUGAUGAAUAUGUGUAUGAUAAUGAACAAUUUAAUAAUGAGUCGAGUGAUUCUAUGGAUUCUGAAAUGGAUUAUAAUUAUGGUGAUGAAUAUUUCUAUUGAAAGAAAAAAAACAAUUUAUUAUAUUUGAGAUUGAAAUCAUCACAGCUAAGAUUAUGUCCUAAUUAUUAUUUUACUGAUAA